CAGUCCUAGAUUGCACCUCAGGGAACGAGGAGGGCUUUGGUGCAGCUUUCAGUCGCAAGAUUCUUUCUAUUAUCAGUCCGUGCUCAGUCUUGCAAGGGAAUACAUCAGCUCCUCGACUCUCCUUACCGUUUGGGUUUAAGGCAGAAAUCCAGGAGACACCAUGGGAGGCAAGCUGAGCAAGAYGAAGAAGGGGUACGAUGUCAGCGACCCAAAGGACAAGAAGGAGGAGAUUACUGUGGCUGCUGUGAGUGCCGUUGAGGCCGUGGCCCAUGCCGUGGAGAGCAAAGCACCAGCUCCGGUCGCUGAGUUGGCAGCGAAGACUGCUCCUAAGGUGUCUGCUGCGGUGGAGGGAGCAGUGGAGUCGACAGUGGUAGCCAUCACAGAAGCGACAGAAGAGGCCCUGUCAGCUAUAGAGGCAGUGACCAAGGGGGCCACCGCAGAGCCAGCGGCUGUACCAGAUGAACCCGUGGCAGCACCGGCAGAACCAGUGCCAGCAGCAGAAGAACCAGUGGCUUCAAAAGAACCAGCUGCAGCACCAGAGGACCCAGCGCCAGCUGCAGCACCAGAAGAACCUGCAGCCUCAGAAGAGCCAGUGGCAGCACCGGAAGAACCUGCAGCAGUAGCAGAGGAACCAGCCGCAGCUCCAGAAGAGCUUGCAGCUCCAGAAGAGCUUGCAGUCCCAGAAGAGCCCGUAGCUCCAGAAGAGCCCGUGGCAGCACCGGAAGAACCUGCAGCAGCUGAGGAACCAGCAGCAUCACCAGAGGAACCUGCGACAGCACCAGAGGAACCUGCAGCAGCACCAGAUAAAACAGAGGCACCGGAAGAACCAGCGGCACUAGAGGAACCAGCGACUGCACCAAAAGAGCCUGCAGUGGAAGAGCCUGUACCAGAAGAGCCUGUACAAGAAGAGCCUGCAUCAGCACCAAAAGAACCUGCACCAGAAGAGCCUGCAGCAGCCCCAAAAAAGCCUGCACCAGAAGAGCCUGCAGCAGCACCAAAAGAGCCUGCAGUGGAAGAGCCUCCACCAGAAGAGCCUGCAGCAMCACCAAAAGAGCCUGCACCAGAAGAGCCUGAGGCAGCACCAAAAGAGCCUGCACCAGAAGAGCCUGAGGCAGCACCAAAAGAGCCUGCACCAGAAGAGCCUGCGGCAGCCUCUGUGGAGCUAGCUGCAGCACCAGAAAAGGCUUCUGAGGCUAUAGAACAAGCCACAGAGGUGACAGCAGAGAUUACAGACACUACAGAACCAGAGCCUGCUGCUCCAGAGCCUGAAACAGAGACUGUUACAGGGAAGGCCCCAGAACCUGAGGCUGUGGUCGAGGCACCAGUAGAGGCAGAAGAAGUUUCACCCGCCCCGGAGGAGGAGCCUGCAUCAGUUGCAGAAGCCGUGUCAGAGUUAGCCACAGAGGCAGCCGCAGAGCCAGAGGCAGAAUCCAUCCCACAACCAGCCGCUGAAGAGCUCCCCCUACCUGUAGAAGAAUCCAUAGCAGAGCUUGAAUCUGAAGCUGCUGAUGCAGUAACUGAAGCAGCAGAGCCAGAGGCUGCCGACAUCGCAGAACCCAUCCCGGAGAUCAUCAUUUCAGAAUCUGCUGCACCUGCUGCUGCAGAGGAGGCCAGCGCUGAGCAAGAGGAGGCUGUGCUGGACAACAAGGAAGUUGUUUCCGCAGUGGAGGCUACUGCUGAGCCUUCUGCCCCUGAGGUCAAUGGGGAGUGUCAGGCGGCCGAGCCGGCUGCCGUGUCUGCCCCGGAGCCACAGCAAAAGGAAUGUGUCAACGGCAUUGACAAGCCAGAGGAUGCCGUUGAGGUGCAAAGUGACUGCGAAUUAAAAAAGAACUUGAACCUGACUGGCGACAUCCAGAUUCCUGAGGCAAUCGGUGAGGCAAUAAGUCAGGCUGUAGACUUGGUCUGAAGCUAAUAUAAAUGUGAUGUCCCUAAUGAUCCGAAAAAACCUCCAACACAGGCUUCUGAAGAUAAAUAUAAAAAUGUAUUUUGUGGCAAAGGAGUUUCCGAUUAACCAAAAGGAAAUACAACCACUCAAGUGUAGAGAGGGGGAGUGAGAUACAUGUAGGAAGAGAUGUGAGACAUGGAUGCAGUGUGCCACACUGAGUCUUUGUGCCCCACAUGUCAUUGCAGAGGGGCAGCCUGUGUUUGCAGCAUUUGUGGUGAGAUGAAAGCCAGCGAAAUUUGAGGGAUGAGUAUAGGAAAACCGGAAACAAAACUGGACAACAGAGCAAAAAACGUGACAUUGGAAAUGUUGAAUGGAAUGAAUAGUCUUGUCUUUGUGUGGGAGGCUGAUGAAUAUUACAAAUGUUUUUUUGGUAUAGCAUUCAAUAAUGAUCUAAUUUAGACUUUCACAUAUCCUUUCCUUAACUAUAUGAAAAAAAUAAUGGCUGAAAAGUUUUGGCCUUUUAUAGUGGUGCAAACAGUGAGGAAUGUUUAUUGAUGGCUUGGAAUGGAGAAUAAAAAAAUAGUGUUAUACCUGA